AUGGAGAACCAGCCGCGCAGUCCCGUGAAGGAGCCCGAGAUCGAGCUCUUUGUGAAGGCUGGUAUGGAUGGAGAAAACAUUGGAAAUUGCCCCUUCUGUCAGCGCCUCUUCAUGGUGCUGUGGCUCAAAGGAGUCAAGUUCAAUGUGACCACAGUGGACAUGACCAGGAAACCUGAAGAGCUAAAAGAUUUAGCACCAGGCACCAACCCACCCUUCUUGCUGUACAACAAGGAGCUGAAAACAGACUUCAUAAAGAUUGAGGAGUUCCUGGAGCAGACCCUUGGCCCACCCACGUAUCCACACCUGAGUCCCAAAUACAAGGAGUCCUUUGAUGUUGGCAGUGACAUCUUUGCCAAAUUCUCGGCAUACAUCAAGAACCCACGCAAGGAAGCAAAUAUCAAUUUCGAGAAGGCCCUACUGCGGGAGUUUCACCGCCUGGAUCUCUACCUGAACACCCCUCUCCCUGAGGAGGUCGACCAGGACAGCAUGGAGGAUGUCACAGUCUCCAAGAGAAAAUUCCUGGAUGGAGACCACCUGACGCUAGCUGACUGCAACCUCCUGCCCAAACUGAACAUUAUCAAGAUCGCAGCCAAGAAGUACCGUGACUUUGAGAUCCCAGCAGACAUGACGGGAGUGUGGCGCUACCUGCACAACGCCUAUGCCUGCGACGAGUUCAGCCACACGUGCCCUGCAGAUGAAGAGAUAGAGCGCACCUACGCCAGCGUCGCCAAGAAGAUGACCUAGCGCGGCUGCU